AUGCAACUCUCUUUUAAAAGGCCAGUGAUACUAAAUGGAAGAACAAGCUCACUGAGACCAUGGAUGAUUGUCCUUAUUAUCACAGCUGUUGUCUUGGUUCUGGCAAUAAUUAUCGGUCUCCUGGUUUAUUUUUUGGCAUAUGAUCAGAAGCCUUAUUAUUACCAGGCUUCCUUCCAGAUUCCCAGUAUUCAAUACAAUCCUGAUUUCUCAGUAGAACACUCAAAAAGUGGGACUGACCUAAAACAAAAUAUCCAUAGUGAGAUAGAUACGAUAUUUCAAAAAUCCAGUUUAAACCACCACUACAUCAAGUCACAUGUUGUCAACUUUAGGUCAAGUAACGAUGGUUUGAAAACCGAUGUAUUGCUUAAAUUUCAGUUUGCUUCUAACAAUGGAGGCACAUUAAAGAAGCAAGUUGAUGACAUUUUAUAUCAGAAGUUAAAAUCAGAUGAAAGCUUCUUGAAGAUAGAUACAUCAUUACCUUAUCUUAGAGAUGUGAAUGAAGUUCACGCAGAACACAUUCUGAACAGUGGUUGCGGUGUAGGGAGGGAGUCCUCAGCCUCUUCCAUGGAAAGGAUUACCCCUGGUGAUGAAGCAGGGAAAGCCUCUUGGCCAUGGCAAGCCAGCCUACAAAUAGGUGGUAUCCAUUUCUGUGGAGCAUCUUUGAUUAGCAAGGAGUGGCUCGUCACUGCUGCUCACUGCUUUGACAAUAACAAAAACCCAAAACUGUGGAUGGUUAGUUUUGGAACAACUCUAAACCCUCCACUGAUGAGAAGAAAUGUGCAGUUGAUUAUCAUCCAUGAAAACUAUGCAGCCCAUAAGCAUGACGAUGACAUCGCUCUGGUGAAGCUCGCCACCCCAGUCACAUUUUCUGAUGAUGUGCACAGAGUCUGUCUCCCGGAUGCUACUUUUAAAGUCUUACCUAAGAGUUCAGUGUUUGUCACUGGAUGGGGAGCUGUCAAAAAAAAUGGUGCCUUUCCUAAUACUCUGAGAGAAGCUAAAGUAGAAGUUAUAAGCAAUGAUGUAUGUAAUCGGGUUGAUGUAUAUGGUGGUGCUGUGUCAUCAGGAAUGAUAUGUGCUGGAUACUUGAUUGGAGGACAGGAUGCUUGUGAGGGUGAUUCUGGAGGACCUCUAGUUAUUGCACAUGAGACAAACACCUGGUAUCUUAUUGGAAUAGUAAGCUGGGGAAUAGACUGUGGUAAACCAAACAAACCUGGACUGUAUACCAGAGUGACUCGUUACCGGGACUGGAUUAAAUCAAAAACAAAUAUCUAA